AUGACGGUGCUCAUCGGCGCUGCUCUCGUCAUCUUCCUUGUCGGCGCUGUCGUCGCCGCCCGCCGCGUCGCCAAGGUCCCCACGAUUCGGCUCGUGACGACCAAGCAGGCCCCCGAGCUGAUGCUCGGGAAAGGCAUGACGUGGCACCUCUUCAACAGCCACAUAUGGUCAACUGGUCAAGACGCUGUCGCGGUGAUCAAGAACGAGCUGCAGCAGCUUCUGCCCGGCAUCAAAGUUUUCCUUGACGUGGACGACCUUGAGGAUAUCGGCGCGCUGGAGAGCUACAUUGGCCGCUCGCAGGUCAUCCUCUUUUUCCUGUCCAAGGGAUACUUUCGGAGCAAGAACUGCCUGCGCGAGAUCCGCUCGUCGCUCGAGAAGGGCAAGCCAAUCAUCCUCGUGCAAGAGGCCGACCCAGCCAAGGGCGGCGGCUCGAUUGAGGCGUCAUCUUAUCGGCGAGGGUCCACUCCCGCCCCGCCGCAAGCGCGCUCAUCCAGGCAGCCCCGCCGCCUGCAGGAGCUGCGAGCCGAGUGCCCUGCGGAACUCCAGCCGGCCGUCUUCGACCAACUUUUCCCACUCGUCGUGUGGAUGCGUAUCGAGGAGUUCCAACUCGUCUCCCUCAAGAUGAUCUCCGAGGCGCGCGAAGCCGUCAUUGCGCCCACACCUGCGGGGAAGCAUCAAACCCCUCUCUUCGCGCAGGCGCUGCUAGUGCAAACUCCGACCUACGCUGGCCUACGGUCGCUCCCGCUCACCAUCCCUGGCGAGGUGGUCCUUUGGGCCUCGCCCGCCAACCAAGGCGCGCGGCGCAUGGCGAACGAGCUUGCCGCGUCCUUCCCUGGCGUCGCUGUCGACAAUGCCGCGGAGAUGCCAGAGCGGGCGACCCACAUGCUGCUGUACCUGUGCGAGGAGAGCUUUGCAGCAUCGUCACAGACACCAUGGGAAAAGGGAGGCCAUAAUGAGCCGCACGAGCUCCACCAGUUUGCCGAGUGGACCGGCCGGUUUCUCGCAUGCCAUCUAUACCCGUCAGGGUCGAAGACGCGGGCGGCGACAUGCCCUCGCAUUUACGAUGUUGCACCGACCCCCGAAAGCCACAUUGUGGCCAAGCCUGAGAUCUGCAAGCAACCACCUGUGUCGCCAGACGGCCCAAUGCCUUGGAAGGCGCCUUGGAAGGAGACGGGGCCACCACCGGCACCUUGGAACGUGCCUGGAUGCGAGGUCUUCGAGCGCGAGAAACGAAUCUGCGAGGCGUGGCCGCGUCUGCGGCCCGAUGGGAAGGAGUGGGGCGGACUACUCAGGGUCACACCCGACGACCUCGGGAACUAG